AGUGUCGCUUUCGUCCCCCGGAUAUGACGUCGCCGCUGUAGAGGCGUCACUUCCGCAAACAGGAUGGCCGAUGGUCGUGCUGGUUUAUUUUGAUCAAUAGGUAGGGAAUUUAACCUGUCAAAAAUGGCUGACUUAACCAAAACUGAAGAAAAGGAAGUGGAGAAGAGUUUGGAUGAAGAAGUGGAGGGAACAUCUCAUGCUUCAGAAUCAGAUUCAGGUAUUAAUUUGGAAGGCAAUAGCUCGACUUCAGGUACAGCGCACUCCACCGAAAAUGAGAACAAACUUGCUAGUGGUGAUCAGGGCAGUGGCCUGAAAAGGAGUGUAGCAGAUGUUGAAGAUGAACCUCCUAAGAAAGUUCUGAGUGAGGCAGGCCAUGGGCAAGCUGUAGCUGCACAUUAUAAUGAGCUUCAAGAAGUUGGGUUGGAAAAACGCAGCCAGAGUCGCAUAUUCUACCUCCGAAACUUUAAUAACUGGACAAAGAGUGUCCUCAUUGGGGAAUUUAUAGACCGCAUACGACAGAAAAAGAGUGAUAUUACUGUUUUGGAUCUGGGAUGUGGCAAAGGUGGAGACUUACUGAAAUGGAGGAAAGGCAGAAUUAAAAAACUUGUCUGUACAGAUAUUGCUGAUAUUUCUGUGCAGCAGUGCAAGCAGCGAUACGAAGACAUGAAAGCCCGAUGUCGCUAUAAUGAACGUAUUUUUGAUGCAGAAUUUAUACAAGCAGAUAGUACCAAGGAUCUUCUGUCUCCCAAAUACAGCGAUCCAGACACAUGCUUUGACAUUUGCAGCUGUCAGUUUGUUUACCAUUACUCAUUUGAGACAUAUGAGCAGGCUGACAUGAUGCUUAAAAAUGCCUGUGGGAACCUCUCUCCUGGAGGUUAUUUCAUAGGCACGACUCCAAAUAGCUUUGAGCUUGUAAAGCGACUUGAAGCUUCAGAAACAAAUUCAUUUGGGAAUGAUGUAUACAGUGUAAAAUUUGAGAAGAAGGGAGAAUAUCCUUUGUUUGGCUGCAAAUACGAUUUCCACUUAGAGGAAGUUGUUGAUGUCCCCGAGUUCUUGGUUUAUUUUCCAUUACUGGAGGAAAUGGCAAAGAAGCAUGGUAUGAAGCUAGUUUACAAAAUGACAUUUCGGGAAUUUUAUGAAGAAAAAAUCAAGAAUGAGGAACAUAAGAUGCUGCUAAGAAGAAUGCAGGCCUUGGAGCCAUAUUCUGCAUUUGGUGAUUCCAGGCUUGCCUCUGAUAAACCUGAUGAUUAUGAGCAUGCAAAAGAGUUUAUCAAAGAUGGCAAGGCAAAGUUACCAUUGGGAACACUGAGUAAAUCUGAAUGGGAAGCAACAAGUAUUUACUUGGUAUUUGCCUUUGAGAAGCAGCUGUGAAACUUCACAUACCAGACUCAGCAAGAAGAGCUCAUAUCCAUGUGCAAGUUGGAGCGGUCAGAAAUCCAUUGUGGCAACUAUUUUUUUAUUUUUAUUUUUUAAUUAUCAGAAGUGUGCAGGACACUACCAAAAACGAGAGCAAGCUCACGAUUCUGAGUUACAUUGCCUGUCUGUGACAGAUGGACUUGUGUGUGUAUAUAUAAGAAAGAUUCUGAACCAGUCUUUUUAAGCAUUUGUAAGCAAUCUGAAUGCUCUCAAAACUUAUGUUUGAACUUGACAACUUCGUGUUAGAAAAAAAAAUGUUUUGUUAGUCUUAUGUUUGUGCUUACCAGCCUCAUGCUGCACUUCCUGAAGUUGAUGGAAAAUGACUUGUUAACUGUUAACUUCAGUGAUGUAGAAUGAGGACCUAAAUAUUGUAACGCAAAGCUCAGUUAGUUCAUAAUGUGAUGGAUUCAGACAUGCAGGGUAUGUCUACAGUGCAUGCAGAGCUUAGUGACAAACAAUACCCAUGUCAGUUUGAGUACUACUUAUGUGCUGUGCUCCUGCCUGCAGUGUAAAUCUACCUUAGAGAUAUUCAUGGUGUAGUUUACACAGUAAAGUUUCAUGAUGUUUUUA